AUGUCUUUAAUAUGUCGUUUAAUGCGUGAAGACGAAUUUACAUUAGAUUUUGAAUUAUUUCUUAUGGAAACAUUUUUUCAACAUGAACCAAUGAAUAAAUAUUUAAAUACGAAAAUACCUGAUGAAGUUAAUUUAUCGUGGUUAAAAGAAGUUUUACAUAAAGCUAAAUAUGAUAAUCUAACCUUAGCAUUUUAUGAUACAAAUACUCAACAUUCUUUACCAGUCGCCUUUGCAAUUAAUCAUCAUGAUAAAAUAGAUGAUCAUAAUCAUUCGGAUAGUCUCUAUUCAUCAUUAAAUAAAACAAAUUUACUUAAAUAUGAACAUAUUAAUGAACUUCUAACUAAAUUACAUGAAAAUAUUAAUCUAUUUGAAAAAUUUCAUUGCAAAAAUUUAUUUCAUAUUUAUUUGCUAGGUGUUGAUCCAAAAUAUCGACAAAAUAAAUUAGCUAGUCAAUUAGUCGAAUCAGCAAUAUGCAUUGCAAAAGAAAAAAAUUUUGAUAUGAUUUAUGCUGAUGCUACAAUUGUUAUAAAUACAAUUCAAGAACAUAAAAUAAAAACUCCAGAUAUUGGUGAUACAUCAACAACAACACAAUUUGUUGAAUGUGUUUUAAAUGAAAUAGUUAAAAUGACACCAACAAUUGGUUUCAGUUAUGAAAUGCAGAAACCUAAUCUUGGCCUUAGAUAUAAAACUGUUGAUUAA